AUGUCUCAAAUUCCUGAUUUUAAGGAAUGCCUACCUUCCGCUGGUGAAAACAACAAAUUUGAUCUCACCGACAUGUCAAAUAUAUUUGAGUUCACCGCAUCUCGAUUGCUGGCCAUACAGAUCGCAGUGGAGGACAGCACGCUGGUGACAUCGGUGGAGGGAGGAAAAUAUGAGUGCGAUAUGUUCGUCCCUUAG